UCGCAGGCGCUCCAGCCCAAGCUGGUGCGGCGGUUCUCGUGGAGCCACGGCCACGCGUCGCCUACUCCGUUGGCCUCGGCAGUGGCUGAGAAUGGCGCCUUGGUGGCCCUGGAGGCUCGUGCUCGGCGGAGGGAACUGGCUCAGCUUGACCGGAAUCGAUUCGGCGCACAUAAGGCUCUCGGUGUUCUCAGAUUUAUCAGCACCAAAACUGAUGACACCGUCGAUGCAUGGAGCCAAGUCCAAAGCAACUUCAAUGCCCUCGCGAAAGACGGCUUUCUCCACCGUGCUGAUUUUGCACAAUGCAUAGAAAUGAAAGAUUCAAAGGAGUUUGCUCUGGAGAUCUUCGAUGUGCUGAGCCGGAGACGAAGGCUCAAGGGUGACAAGAUCAGCCGAGACGAGCUAUACGAGUUCUGGUUGCAAAUCACUGAUGAAAACUUCGAUUCACGGGUCCAGAUCUUUUUCCAAAUGGUGGACAAGAAUGAAGAUGGUAGUAUCACUGAGGAAGAAAUCAAAGAGAUUAUCAUGCUGAGUGCUUCCGCGAACAAGUUAUCUAGAGUGAAGGAACAAGCGGGAGAAUAUGCUGCCCUGAUGAUGGAAGAGUUAGAUGCAGAACGACUUGGUUUCAUUGAGCUCUGGCAAUUAGAGGCGGUGUUGUUAAAACCGGAAACUUACCUUGAUAAAUGUAGUCCAGCGCCGAGUUGCAGCAGCCAAGCCUUGAGCCAGAAGCUACAAAGCUUAAGGUCAACAAUAAAUUAUCUCCAAAAAAAUUGGAGGCGACUCGGGCUUUUGAGCUUGUGGAUGGUGAUCAUGACUGCGCUCGUCACAUGGAAGUUUUAUCAAUACAUGGACAAGGAUGGGUUCAAAGUCAUGGGUUAUUGUCUCCUCACAGCCAAGGGUGCGGCUGAGACCCUCAAGUUCAACAUGGCUCUCAUUCUCCUGCCCGUCUGUAGGAACACAAUCACUUGGCUCAGAUCCACCAAGCUCGCCUAUCUAAUUCCUUUUGACGACAACAUCAAUUUCCACAAGGUCAUCGCAGCAGGUAUUGUUAUUGGUAUCAUUCUCCAUGCCGGAACCCACCUUGCAUGUGAUUUUCCAAGACUUGUCAAUUUGCCUGAGAAAAUCUAUGGGCUCAUUUUUUUAGAUCGUGACUUCGGCAAUUUAAAACCCUGCUACAUGGAGCUGGUUAAAGGGAUAGAAGGGGUGACUGGAAUUCUAAUGGUAAUGUUAAUGGCGGUUGCAUUUAUACUUGCAACACGAUGGUUCAGACGGAGUCUGAUUAAGCUGCCAAAGCCCUUUGGUAGGCUAAGUGGUUUCAAUGCCUUCUGGUAUUCACACCACCUAUUUGUCGCCGUCUAUGCCUUGCUUAUUGUCCAUGGGACAUUCCUCUACCUGGCCCACAAGUGGUACCACAAGACGACAUGGAUGUAUCUUGCAGUUCCAGUUUUAGUAUAUGCUGGAGAAAGGGCCUUGAGGUUCUUUCGGUCGGCCUCCUAUGAUGUCCGUCUUCUGGAGGCUGCAGUUUAUCCCGGAAACGUUCUUAUGUUGCAAAUGUCUAAGCCACCUCAGUUUAAGUACAAGAGUGGACAAUACAUGUUUAUCCAAUGUCCGACUGUUUCGGCAUUUCAGUGGCAUCCAUUUUCCAUUACCUCCGCUCCCGGAGAUGACUACCUUAGUGUUCACAUUAGGCAGUUAGGUGAUUGGACACAAGAGCUUAUUCGAGUAUUCUCUCAAGCCUCUCUGGCCGGAAAUAGUAUGGCUGAUGAAACAACCAAGAAGAGUUGGCCGAAGCUCUUAAUAGAUGGACCUUAUGCUGCCCCAGCACAAGACUACCGCAAGUAUGAUGUCUUGCUACUUGUUGGUAUGGGGAUUGGAGCAACUCCUUUCAUCAGUAUUCUCAAAGAUUUGCUCAACAACAUGAGCAAAAUGGAGGAGAAGGCAGUAAGUUACUUGUCCAGAAUUAGCUUUCAUUCAACAACCAAAUCUGCCGAUUCAAUCUCGAAUGUCGUCAGUGCUCACUUUUAUUGGGUAACAAGGGAGAAAGGCUCCUUUGAGUGGUUUAAAGGGGUCAUUGAUGAAGUUGGUGAUCUUGAUCAAAGGGGUGUCAUUGAGAUGCACAACUACUUGACUAGUGUGUAUGAGGAAGGAGACGCCCGAUCAGCCUUCAUUACCAUGGUUCAAGCACUCAACCAUGCUAAGAAUGGAGUGGACAUUGUUUCAGGCACUAGGGUUCAAACGCAUUUUGGAAGGCCUAAGUGGAAGAAAGUUUUCUCCGAUAUGUGUUCCAAGCACUGUGGUGCAAGAAUUGGGGUAUUCUACUGUGGGGCACCAGUUUUGGCUAAAGAACUCAACAAGCUCUGCAAUGAGUUCAAUCUAAAAGGCCCAACCAAGUAUGAAUUCCACGAGGAACAUUUCUAG